AUGGCAGAAGUUGGAUUCAUCGAGCCGCUUCCCGCCGAGACGGGAGUGACGUCUGACUAUGACCCAAGCGUUGUCGAGUCCGACUUUUGUUCGGUGACCUCGAGCAUAAACGAGCACAUCUGGGAAUAUGGGAGACGGUACCAGGUAUUCCGAUACGGCAGAUAUCCGUUGCCCAACGACGACGAAGAGAUCAACAGGGAGCUGUUGAAGCACGUCAUGUUCAAGGAGAUGCUCCAUGGCAAACUCCACCUUGCCCCAAUCGGGGAGAACCCCCAGAAGAUAAUCGAUCUGGGAACAGGAUCCGGCGAGUGGGCCAUUGAAGUUGGCGAUAAUUUCCCAAGCGCGAGAGUAAUAGGCGUGGAUCUCUCCCGAAUCCAGCCUGUCUGGCUUCCUCCCAACGUCGAGUUCUUUGUCGAUGACGUUGAAGAUGAGUGGAUGCAGCCGUCGGACUUCGACUAUGUCCACCUUCGCGUAUUGUGUACCACGUUGCAAGAUCCUCGAAAAGUGAUGGCGAAAGCAUUCGAGAACUUGAAGCCUGGGGGCUGGAUCGAGCUUCAAGAGUUCAACCCAAGAAUAGGGUGUGACGAUGGGAGUGUCCCUCCAGACUACCCGUUGCAAAAGUUCUACGACCAAUUGCAGACGGUAUUUUGGGAACAUUAUGGUUUCGAUAUCCGCUUCAUCGAGAAAGCUCCUGCCUGCCUUGAAAAGCUGGGCUUUGUCAACAUCCAACAGCGGGUGUUCCACCUCCCCAUAGGCGCGUGGCCCAAAGAUCAACACCUCCGAACUCUCGGUGCAUACUUUCGCGAGGUGUUCGCAGAGAUGAUACCCGCCAUGACUGCCAGCGCCUUCCCCGAAUUUGGGAUCGAUGCAUUGGAGACCAAUGAGUUAAUGCAGUCCAUCCAGGUCGCUCUCGGAAACAGGCGCUUUCACAGCUACGUGCCAGUACAUUUCGUAUGGGCUCAGAAGCCAGUCUCAUAA